GCUACAGUGGGCAUUGCAAUACUGCUGUAAUUGGAAACAUUCAACAAUCGCUCCAAUUAGUUUCGUAUCAUAGGGCAGACAGCACAAUCUAAAUUCCGGAGGAAAUCACUCGUAAGAAGCAUUUGGAAUACAGUAACGUAAGAGUUUUGUUGUACAUGCAAAAUCUACAAAGGCUUGUUGAAAAAGGCAUAGGCUCCGAAACAAGGUCCAGUGAUGAGUUUCUUUAGUUUUGGUCAAAGUGCAGAAAUCGAUAUAGUUUUGAAAGACGCUGAGACAAGAAAGAAAGUUGAACAUAAGACUGAGGAUGGGAAAAAGGACAAAUAUUUUCUGUUAUAUGAUGGUGAGACUGUAUCUGGAAACGUCAACGUAACACUUAAGAAUCCAGGGAAAAGACUCGAGCAUCAAGGCAUCAAAAUGGAGUUUAUUGGGCAGAUUGAGCUGUACUACGACAGGGGGAACCACCAUGAGUUUGUGUCUCUGGUUAAAGACUUGGCCAGACCGGGAGAGCUAACGCAGUCCCAAACCUUUGACUUUGAGUUUACACACGUGGAAAAACCAUACGAGUCCUACACAGGCCAGAAUGUCAAAUUACGCUAUUUUCUGAGGGCAACGGUAAGCCGGAGACUGAACGACAUCAGUAAAGAGAUGGACAUUGUCGUGCACACGCUCAGCACAUACCCAGAACUCAACUCGUCGAUCAAGAUGGAAGUGGGAAUCGAAGACUGUCUACACAUCGAGUUUGAGUACAACAAGUCCAAAUACCACCUAAAAGAUGUAAUCGUGGGAAAGAUUUACUUCCUCUUGGUACGGCUCAAGAUCAGACACAUGGAGAUUGACAUCAUCAAGCGAGAAACGACAGGCACAGGCCCAAAUGUGUACCAUGAAAAUGAUACCAUAGCCAAGUAUGAGAUUAUGGACGGAGCACCAGUGAGAGGCGAGUCCAUCCCUAUCCGACUAUUUCUGGCUGGCUAUGAGAUGACUCCUACAAUGAGGGACAUCAACAAGAAGUACUCUGUGCGGUACUACCUCAACCUGGUGCUCAUAGACGAGGAGGAGAGGCGUUACUUCAAACAGCAGGUAGUCUCUCCCUGUUUCAUUCUGUUUUAUUGCCUUGUUCUAGGAGAUCACUCUGUGGAGGAAGGGGGACAUAGUGAAAAAGAGCAUGUCCCACCAAGCGGCCAUCGCCUCACAACGCUUCGAGGGCUCAUCCAGUGCAGAGAAAGCCCUUGCUCAGGCCCAGGCUAAGGAACAGGAACAGUAAAACUCCAGAAUAGCCUACACUCCAUCGCUUUGUACAGGUGUGUGUGUCUGUGUGCAUGUACAGUGUGUGUGCGAUGUAGUGUACAUGUCUGUGAAUCUAUGAAUGUGAAAAAGAAUGUAUGUUUUUUUCACUGCAUCUAUGAAUGUGUGUGUGUUUGUCAGAGCAUCUUUGAAUGAGAGCAUGUGUGUGUUGAUGUUCAAUAUGUGAACAUCAGCCAUCUUAGGCAUAUAUUUCUACCCUCACCCAUUUCAACAUCGCCAUCUCACCACAAGCACUGAUGGCACUUUCUACAACAACUGCAGUUGAAAAGGGAUGACAAAUUUAAUGUUUGAAGAAAUAAGGCAUCCUCAUGGUAUAUUUAAUUAACUUUUAGCCAGGUUUUUCUGCCAUAUUGAUUAGCAUAAUAUGCUUUUUUAUUUUCUUUGAAAUAGUGAUUUCUUAACUCAAAACAAUGGUGAAAACAGCUGCUGUUGACAUAGCUUCCUUUAGGCAUCUCUUAAUGAAUACUUGUCUUUGGCAGUUGGACUCAAUGGACAUGCAAGACCUCUUAAGUCCUAUUUACACCUUGCAUUAACAUGUGGUCGUCAUCCGAUCAAGAUUAUCAAAUCACUAUCUGAUCAAGGUCUGUUCCGUCGACACAAAUGUGUGUCUCAUCCGUCCACUGUAUGUGGACACUGGACACAUGUUAGCGCCAGGUAUAAACGUGGCUUUAGAAUCAGAGAAUAUGCUAAAUGUUUUUUUAUCGCGUGAAAUGUCAUGCAAAUAGGGAACAUUUUGGGAAAAUUACGUUUCAAUUGUCAGACAUCAACUAUCAGCAUUGCAUUCCAUUCCAUCAUUGUGUCAUUAUCAGUAGAUGUAAACAGCAAUGUUUUAUUUUUUAACAUUUUUUUUAUGUAUUUGAUCUUUUAGUAGCAUUAUACAUAUUCUGGGUUCAUCUAUCUGUUAGAAAUGUAAGCCAGGUGGCUUAUGUCCAUUAACAUUGGCCAAGUUCAUUUUGCAUGGCCCAAGUGUGGUGGCACUGAUAGUUUUUUGGAACUAAUGGCUUUCACGGUUGUGGCUUGAUGGAGAAUUAAUGGAGCAGGUUAGGAUAAUUAACAUGGCAGGUAAGAAGAAUUAAUGUAGCAGGUUAGUAGAAUUAAAGUUGCAGGUUAGGAUAAGUCAUGUAGCAUGUUAGGAUAAUUAGGUUAAGGUUAGGAAAAGGGUUAGGCUGAGAUAAAAAUGUACUCUAUCUUACCGAAGAAGCCAUCAGUUCCGAGAAACCAUCAGUAUACCAUGCCGGUUCUUCUCAUUUUAGACCAUUCCAUUGCUCCUACUGAAGUCUCCACCCACUCAAAACUAACUUCCCCACUGCCACUGCUGCUAAUUCGUGUGAAAGAUUUUGGUGUAAACUUUCCAACCUAUGAACCAGAAAUAAGAAAUGUAAACCAUUCAUUUUUAUUUGCACUAGAUCCAAAUUAUGUGAAAUCAGUCUGUUUUCUGUCAGUAAUUGGUUUGAAAAGUACCUAGAAGACAUUGCCAGCAUUGGAUAACUUUCUGCCUAAGGGUUAAUUGCUUAAUGGCUCUAGUUAAAUUCUAGAAACAACCUCACAGCUUGUUUUUCCAGUCAUCUCCAACCAUUUUACACCAGGCACAUGACUUCCGGUGUGAAUGCAUUGAAGUCCUCGUAAAUUGUGCCUUCACUGUAGGGCUCAGUGUAAUUUUGAUUGGAAAUAAUAUGAAGAAACAGAAUGUGUCAAAAGUAAAUACAUUUGUGUCAGAGCAAAUAAAUUUGCAAACAUUUCUAAAAAA